UCAGUGGUCUUGUUCAGGGAAGGUAAGACUUGGGCGGUGUGAUAUAUAAAGGCUUUACGUGCCAAACAAAGGCUUGUCUCUGUCCUUUUUAAGUUCUGUAUGUGCCAAUCUUCUGUGCCACUCUAUGGUCUUCAUUCGUUGGAGAAGUGCUUUCUUUGAUUUCCUUUGCAGCAUACACCCAGGAUUCAGAUGUAGUUAGAGAUCUGUCUAAGUAAGCAUUUCUGUCUAUGCCAGGGUAGACUAGAUCAACUUCUGGGUUUUGAAAGGAUACACACUUAAAAAAAUACGGAGUAAUAAUUUAUGGAGUCCAUGAAUUGUACAUUUAGGCUUUAUAUAGGUAUGUAUUCAGUUCUAUGAGAUGGUUGUUUGGAUACCAGACUGGAAAUGUAAUUGGAAUGAGUGAAUCUUACGUUUUUCUGCUCGAAUUUUUUUAUUGCUGCAGUGGCUAAUUGAAUCAAUUAGCCCACAAUUGAGGCAGAUCUAGUCAGCAGCAAAGCUAUUUGGUGGAGACAACGGCGUGAUUUCAGCAGGGAGAUGCCGAUGUUGCUGUCUUUGCCGAUGAGAGUUUCAAUCUGCAAGGCGGCUGGUGGUGGAGAUGGGUUUCCGGCGGCGGUAGAACAGGGCAACAUGCGAUUUGGGGCGGAACCACGCGAUCUAACGGCGGCGAUCUGGUUUGAGGUAGGCCGGCGGCAAGCCUUGGAACUCCACUUUAAUGGUUCACUGCUAGAUGACGACUUCUUUGAUUUUUUGUUUUGUUUUUUUGGGGAUUUCUCUCAACGAGAGAACUUUGAUACGAAAAGGGUAUCGGAUAGGAAGAACUUCGAGCGUCUUCAAGCUCCAAAUGGAAAACUUCGAGCGUUUCCGGACUCCAGAGAAGAGAGAACGAGAUUAAGAGAAUUCUUGAUUAUUGAUUGAUUGAAUAAUAAUAACGAAGGAUUACAGUA